UGAUGUCUUUUGCAUGACGCGCACACCUUCAUCUCGAUAUUCCGGCCUGCAAGAUUGAUCAGGACUGAGCUUUUCGGAUUAAAAAAGACCAGUUUGUCACCAUGGCCAACGCGUUCACAAAGGUGCUAAGGUUUUGGAUCUUCUUGGUGGGGUUCAUGGCUGUAGGUACUGCUAUGCAAGCCUUCAUGGAAAGCUCCUUUCUUGCAACACGGAUGUACACACAGGCUCAGGAGAUGGUGAAUGCUGUUUUGGGAAGAUUAUUUGGAACUUGGACAUUACUUGCAGGUGCAGUAAGAAUGAUGUGUUCUUAUGACAUCAGGAAUAGAGCGGUGUAUGACUUGACUCUCUUCUCAUUCAUUCUGGCAUUCCUCCAUUUUGCUACGGAGUAUCUCCUCUUUCAGACAGUUGAGCUUAGCUUUGGUGUUGUAUCUCCUCUGGUAAUAUCAGGUGUCUCUAUCGUCAUGAUGCUUCAGGGAUAUUACUUUGUAUUUGAAGAAGAUGAAGUCUCGCCAACUCCCACUGAAUCAAAAAAGAAGAAAUGAGAGCCUAGGCUGUAUGAAACUUCCAUAUAAGUACUUUGUAUUCCAAUAUAUUCUGGUGAAGGUUGAACAAAUUUGUUGUUAGGAACACUGUCGUGUAUUACAAACUCAUGUGAAAGAACAUCAUAGAACAACCCUGCAUAACUCGAAGACGCACAAGUGGAGUAAAUUUUUUGGACCAAAAAAACUAUGCAAAAUAUGUGUUAUUUACAUUUCCUAAGUCAAACUUUACAUAAGUAAAAUUAUCGUUGUGGUACCAAUAGAUUAGACUUAUGCAGAGUUAAUAACUGUGGCAUGUAAAAUGAGAUGGGUUGCUCUUGAAAGUAUGAUACUACAGCAUACUUGAAUCUAAAACUAUUCAUGUCACGUGUGUAUGUGUAUUCAUGUAUGUUCCAUUUACUUUUCAAUGUUUGUGGCAUUCCUCAAAACUUCUUUGUUUUACUUAUAAAUUUGAUGGUUAAGAACCCCAUUUUUAUGUGAUUAUUGAGGUUUACAACAUGCACCAUUCAGAAAAGUAUUUUGGGCAGUUUCUUUCAAUAUGCACCACCAGCAUUCAUUAAAAAGGACUUGGUAAGUCGGUAACAUUGUUCAGAUGAGAGAAAAUGGUGCUAAGGUAGUGACUUCAAUGCUAGAUGUACAAUCAAAGAGAAUCUGAAAGUUUGAGGGAAAAAUCAGGGAAAACUAAUCUGAUCAAUUCUUAAAUUCUCCCAACUAUAUUAUCAUAAUAAAAUAAAAUUUUAGCUGAAUGAUAAUCGUCACAAAGCAAUGAAUUUGCUCCAUAUACCAUUUCAAACAUUCAAGUGUUGAAAGAUUUUUAAAACACUGUUUUAUGUCUUAUUUUAAUGGAAAACGGUUGUGGAAAAUUCAAUAAUUGGUUGGGAGAAUUUUAGCUGAAUGAUAAUCGUCACAAAGCAAUGAAUUUGCUCCAUACACCAUUUCAAACAUUUAAGUGUUGAAAGAUUUUUAAAACACUGUUUUAUGUCUUAUUUUAAUGGAAAACGGUUGUGGAAAAUUCAAUAAUUGGUUGGGAGAAUUUCAGAUAGAGGGGGUUUAUAUACACAUUGACGUCUUCAAAGAAAACUAUAAAUAUCUUUGUAGUUUGAGAAUUCUUUUCAGGAUUUUCUGCAUGUUAGAGGGUUAGUACAGUAGAAGGAAUAUAAUAGGUAACAUUGCUUACAAAAGUUACACAAUUUUUUCAUCAACCUUCAACAAUGUUACUGUUCACUUUAGAGGGUUGUAAAGGUAAAUUAUGAAAGUUGUCAGUAAAAGAAAAUGUUGACUUGUGUUUGUGCCGAGGUAAAAAUUCAAAAUUCUCUGCAAGAGCAAGGUUUAGUCUGCAUCUCAGUAAGUAGAUCUUGCAUUGGAUUUUUGUUUAAUGAAAUCUACUUUAGGACUUCACAAGUUUGGCAUUCAAAGUUUUCUCACUUUUCUGAUGUAUUUUGCUAUGCUCUUUCAUUGAUUGGCAAACCAUGUCAAAAUAGAUUUCUUCUAUAUGCUUCAAUAAAAUUGGAUGAGAAAAUGUACAUUUCUAUGAAUGAUUGAGUUGUCAAAUUACCUGAUAUUCUAUUAUGAUUCUCUAAGUUUUAUCUGUAAGUAUUCCUGUUACAAUAAAAAGAUUCUGGCAAUGUGUUCACAUUUUGAUAUGAUAUUGUAAUAAAAUUCAAAUGAAAAGGAA